AAAUGGCUACAACAAGUUAUUUUAGUUUUACAAAAGAUGAAAAGGAAAUGAUUAAUAAAAUGCUUUAAUUGUCUUCAAAUGGAUACUCAUUUAUAGAGAAAGAAUUAGGUGCUCUUCUUGAUCCAUGUAAAAUGUGUGAAGAUCAUUAACUUCCUUAUUCUUUUUAUAAUGAUGAAUAAUUUUUUUGUCCAAAAUGUUUAGAUAUUCUACGACCAAAAAUUUUUCGUUACAUUGAAGAAGAUGAUUAAGUUAUAAUCAAUUAAUUAAAGUAGAACUUAAAAAAUUAUGAAUAAUUUGAAGUAAAAAAUAAAUAAUAAGUAAGAUCCCAAAGAUUGAUUUUGAAGUUAAAGCAAAAUAAUUAAUGAAUGAAGAAUAAUAAAAUAUGAUUGAAGAAAUAGGAAGCUUUUAGAAAUUAAAAGAGAAUUUAGAAGCUAGAAAGAAAUUUAUAGCUGUUCAAGAUUUCAUAUCUCAAAUAUCUUUAGAGAAAACGAAUAGAAUAAUACAUGAUGAAAUGCAUAACGCAGAUAAAAAAAUGAAGCCAAAUUUUGAAUAAAAAGGUUAGUUAGAUAAUACUAAAGAUUUUGAAAAAAUGUUUAAGAAAUUUUUUCAAUGAUU